AUGGCAGCCCGGAGGACAAACUAUUUUCUCUGCUCGACGUUUUCGUUUGUGAUGAUUUUGCUCUGCGCAUCUGGGUCUGAGGAGCUAGAUAACAAGGUUUAUGUAGUCUACAUGGGCUCUACUCUGUCAAAAAGUUACAGGAAUUCCCUCGAAGCAGCUCCUUCUGUGUACCUUGGAAUGCUUGAAUCUGUACAUGGAAACAACGAGGAAGCUAAGAAAUCUUUGAAAGUUAGUUAUGGGAAGAGCUUUCAUGUGUUUGCAGCCAUGCUUUCUCCAUCCCAUGUCCAAAAACUCUCAGGAAUAUGGCCAGAAUCAGAGAGUUUUACAGACAAGGGAUUAGCUCCUGUUCCCCUCAAAUGGAGGGGUGGCUGCAACAUAACGUCAAAUUUUCCUGCUUGCAACAGGAAACUUGUAGGGACAAAAUUCUAUCGUAGUAACAACCUUAAACUAUAUGCAGGGGAAUACCUGUUUCCAAGAGAUGAAGAUGGCCAUGGAACCCACACCUCCUCUACAGUUGCUGGACAUUUUUUUAAAAAUGCAAGUCUUGCUCAAGGGGAAAGUCGAGGUGGAGUCCCUGGUGCAAGGGUUGCAAUGUACAAGGUUUGUUGGGGCAACUGUGAUGAUGCAGAUUUUCUUGCAGCCUUUGAUGAUGCUAUUUAUGAUGCAAGUAGCAUUGAUCAGCAGAUGGAUACUCAAAUUCUGCUGGGAAACAAGAUUUCAAUCAUGGGGAUUGCUAUAAACGCAUACACUAUGGAGAAACAAUGGUAUCCUUUGGUACAUGGAGGGGAUGUUGCUAAUGUUUCUGGCGGCUUCACUUCAGCUAACUCUAGUUAUUGUCAAUACAAUUCUCUGGAUCACAAAAAUGUGAAAGAAAAGAUCGUCAUUUGCAAUAUAACUUAUCCUGGCGAUCCAGUUAUUGUCAAUACAAUUCUCUGGAUCACAAAAAUGUGA